GUAGUACUAGCACUAGGAGGAGGAGGAACUAGCUGAGUUUUUUUAUUAACUUGUCGGUCACCGUUUAAGUUGUGUGCAGCACAGCAGAGUGCGGUCUGCAACACUAACGGAUGUGCGACAAGCACACAAUGCCUAACUUAUACAAGAAGACCAUUGCGAAUGAACAGCUGGUUUAAAAUGAGAACGUUUUCACCAAAAGCCUUUAACAUACCGGUUGACGGACCUGACCCUGUACCUGGCAACGGGCAGGCGACAUUGGUGUCCUGUCAUGCCAGACAACCAAGUUUAGAAGGUGCUAGCUACGACGAGUGGUCUGCCAGCGCUGGAACCAAAAUCGAACACAGACUUAAUAGAGAAGAUAAAAAGCUUAUGAAUUCGAGUUCUGAAGAAAAAGUGGAUAACGAACAGGAGUCAUUAGAGCAUGCUGCUUUAUAUCCAAGCCAUGCCUUUGAGAACUUGGGGUAUGAACCUGGCAGCCAAAAUGAGCUAUACCCUUCCCCUACUGAUGUCUGCAAAGCUACUAUUAACAUCGUGGGCAUGACAUGCCAGUCCUGUGUACAGGCCAUAGAGGGCAAAAUCUCCAAAGUGAAGGGCGUUGCGGGGAUAAAGGUUUCUCUGGAAAAGAACAAUGCCUUCAUGGAAUACAACUCCUUCACCAUCAGUGCACAGAAGGUGUGCCAAGAAAUUGAGGCUAUGGGCUUUGAUGCCAGUUUAGCCAGAUCUGGUUGGCAGGCCAAGAGGAACCCCUCGUUCACCGAGUCCGUUGUGAAGAUUCAGGUUGAGGGCAUGACAUGCCAGUCUUGUGCAAACACCAUUGAAGGGAAGAUCGGCAAACUGCAGGGAGUGCAGCGAAUCAGAGUGUCUCUGAACAGCCAGGAGGCUGUCAUUUCCUACCAGCCAGACAUCAUACAACCAGAGGAUUUGAGAAAACAAAUAGAUGACAUGGGUUUUGAGGCUACCAUCAAGAGCAAGCCUGACCCUUUAAAACUGGGCUCCUUUGAUAUUCGGCGCUUGCAAAGUGGCACCAGAAAGACAACUCUGCCUGCAGAGAAGAAUGAAUUCCAUAAGGCUGCAGGAAAACAACCCAGCUUGAGAACUGUAACACUGGGCGUGGGAGGGAUGCAUUGCAAGUCUUGUGUUUGUAACAUUGAGGCUAACAUUUCUGAAAUGACAGGUGUGCAGGGCAUCAAGGUGUCCUUGGAAACAAACAGUGCUGAGCUACAGUAUAAUCCUGCCCUAAUUACCUUGAUUUCAGUGAAGCAGGCUAUAGAAAGCCUCCCACCUGGGAAUUUUAAAAUAUCUAUUCCCAAUGAAGUGGAGGACCAGACAUCUGCUCCCAUAAAAGUUAUUGUGCCAGUGUUGCAUCAUAGUUUAUCAAGCACUGAACGAAACCAGUCUCAAAACAUGUCAACUGUGAUUGAUAUCAGGGGGAUGACCUGCCACUCCUGUGUAGAGUCCAUUGAGGGCAUGGUUUCUCAGAGGAUGGGAGUCCAUGUGAUAAAGGUUUCGUUAGCAGAGGAGACAGGAACAAUACACUUUGACCCAUCAAUUACCAAUCCUGAAGACUUGAGAGCUGCCAUAGAAGAUAUGGGGUUCGAUGCAUCCAUCUCUGCAGAUGGAGAUAAACCAAGUGAGUCGGGUUCAUGUGAUGAAGCUGCCAGAUCCAGGCACGGAACCCCACAGAAAAAGAAACAACCAAAAACUCACACCAAAUCACAGAGCUCAGAUUACAUUCUAGAUGCUUUUCCAAAGAAAUCCCUUGCGGACGACCAGAGCUCAGAGGCAGCCAGGACAGAGAAGUGCUUUAUACAGGUGACUGGUAUGACCUGCGCCUCCUGCGUCAGCAAUAUUGAGAGGAACCUGCAGAAACGCAGUGGUAUUGUCUCAGUUCUGGUAGCCCUGAUGGCUGGAAAAGCAGAGGUUAAGUACAAGCCAGACGUUUAUGAUCCUGCACAAAUAGCACAACUGAUUACAGAUCUGGGAUUUGGGGCCACAGUAAUGGAAGAUCAGGCCAUUACUGAUGGGAAACUACAACUAAUUAUUACAGGUAUGACGUGUGCAUCAUGUGUGCACAACAUUGAAUCCAAACUUACCAGGACCAAAGGGAUUUUGUAUGCCUCAGUAGCUCUUGCCACGAGUAAAGCUCAUAUUAAAUUUGAUCCUGAAAUCCUUGGCGCUCGGGACAUAAUCAAGAUUGUUGAGGGACUUGGAUUCAGUGCCUCCCUGAUGAAAAAAGAGACAGGGGCCAAUAAUCUGGACCACCAGGUGGAAAUAAGACAGUGGAAGAACUCGUUCCUGUUCAGCUUGGUGUUCGGUAUCCCUGUCAUGGGUUUGAUGAUCUACAUGAUCAUAAUGGACAGUAAACACAGUGGCUCCAUGCCCCCUGAGCAGAACAUUGUUCCAGGGCUGUCCAUUCUCAACCUGGCCUUCUUUGUUCUGUGUACCCCCGUGCAGUUUCUUGGAGGCUGGUACUUCUACGUUCAAGCCUAUAAAUCUCUCAAGCACAAAACGGCCAACAUGGACGUCCUCAUAGUGCUGGCAACAUCGGUCGCCUAUGUGUACUCCUGCGUUGUCGUGAUAGUGGCCAUGGUAGAAAGGGCUGAGCAAAGUCCAGUCACCUUCUUUGACACCCCGCCUAUGCUUUUUGUUUUCAUUGCCCUCGGCAGGUGGCUGGAACAUGUUGCAAAGAGUAAGACCUCGGAAGCACUGGCUAAGCUAAUGUCCCUGCAGGCAACAGACGCAACUGUGGUAACUCUGGGACAAGACCAUUCUAUUCUCAGCGAGGAGCAGGUUGCGGUGGAGCUGGUUCAGAGAGGAGACAUUGUGAGGGUCGUUCCUGGAGGGAAGUUUCCAGUGGAUGGGAAAGUUAUUGAAGGCUGUUCUAUGGCAGAUGAAUCUCUAAUUACAGGGGAGCCCAUGCCUGUCACUAAAAGGCCUGGAAGCAUGGUUAUCGCCGGCUCCAUCAACGUGCACGGCUCUCUGCUGGUAGAAGCGACACACGUUGGUGCCGACACCACCCUGUCACAGAUUGUGAAGCUGGUGGAGGAGGCACAGACAUCAAAGGCACCAAUCCAGCAAUUUGCAGACAAACUAAGUGGAUAUUUUGUCCCAUUCAUCAUCUGUGUUUCAGUAUUAACAUUAGUAGUCUGGCUCAUCAUUGGUUUUGUGAAUUUUGACAUUGUGGUUCACUAUUUUCCAGGUUACAACAAAAGCAUCCCCAAGACAGAUGUGAUUGUCCGGUUCGCAUUCCAGGCCUCCAUCACAGUGUUGUCUAUUGCCUGCCCCUGUGCCCUGGGCUUGGCCACCCCGACUGCUGUGAUGGUGGGCACUGGCGUGGGCGCUCAGAAUGGAAUACUGAUUAAGGGAGGAGAACCUUUGGAAAUGGCACACAAGAUAAAGACGGUGAUGUUUGAUAAAACAGGAACCAUCACGAACGGUGUCCCCAAGGUGAUGAGAGUGCUGAUGAUAUCGGACACAGCGCGGCUGCCCCUGAAGAAGGUGCUUGCAGUGGUGGGCACUGCGGAGGCGAGCAGCGAACAUCCACUGGGAAUGGCUGUAACAAAGUAUUGCAAGGAGGAGCUUGAGACAGACUGUCUCGGGUACUGCACAGAUUUCCAGGCAGUACCUGGCUGUGGAAUCAGCUGUAAGGUCUCCAACAUCGAGUCUCUUCUACUGCAAAGUGAGACAAGCGUGAAUGCCAGGAAUGAACAGAACUCCCGUCUAACCCAGAUCAUCGGAGCCACAACCGACGAGAGUGCACUAAUUAUUGAUCAGGAGACUGAGGGUGCUGCAGCUUCUCACACCUACUCUGUCUUAAUUGGAAAUCGGGAGUGGAUGAAGCGCAAUGGUCUACAUGUUUCAAAUGAUGUGGAUGAAGCCAUGUCUAGUCAUGAAAUGAAAGGGCAAACAGCAAUUUUAGUGGCCCUAGAUGGGAUCCUGUGUGGGAUGAUCGCAAUAGCUGACACUGUCAAACCUGAAUCUGCCCUGGCUGUCUACACUCUGAACAGCAUGGGGAUUGAUGUGGUCCUGAUCACUGGGGACAACAGGAAAACUGCCCGAGCCAUCGCUACUCAGGUUGGCAUCAAGAAGGUGUUUGCAGAGGUUCUUCCUUCUCACAAGGUGGCGAAGGUGCAGGAGCUGCAGGAGCAGGGGAGGAAGGUGGCGAUGGUGGGCGACGGGGUGAACGACUCCCCGGCUCUGGCCAGGGCUGACGUGGGUAUUGCCAUCGGGACUGGAACCGACGUGGCUAUUGAAGCAGCAGACAUAGUGCUCAUUAGGAAUGAUUUAUUGGAUGUGGUGGCCAGCAUAGACCUAUCCAAGAAAACAGUCCAAAGAAUAAGAGUUAAUUUUGUCUUUGCUUUAAUUUAUAACCUGGUUGGAAUACCAAUUGCUGCAGGUGUUUUUAUGCCUGUGGGCCUGGUACUGCAACCAUGGAUGGGAUCAGCAGCUAUGGCAGCUUCGUCAGUCUCUGUGGUGGUUUCCUCACUCUUACUGAAACUAUACAAGAAACCAGACCCUGAAAAACAUGAGUGUCACGCUCAGGGUCGCAUGAAGUGCCUGACCCCCGACCAGGUGAGCGUGCACAUCGGGAUGGAUGACAGGAGGCGUGACUCCCCAACUCCCAGCGUCUGGGACCGGAUGAGCCGUGCCAGCCACAUGUCCCUGUCCUCCAUGGACAAGCGCUCUGGCCACAGCGGCUCUGUCCGGGAGGGGGGUGACAAGUGGUCCCUGCUGGCUGCUGACAGAGAUGAGGAGCACAUCAUCUAGAGCAAGGUUCUCAAUGGCGAGCCUCCUUGCCGGUCCCAGGCUUUAAGAAGACACUGAGCCGGACAGCACUGUAUAACAAAUUGAGACAUAAUCUUUUACUAAGUGGUCUUUAAUGGCCAUGCAGUGGGAAUACAAUGGCAAUGGGGUAGUCCUGCACUCAGUUGUAGCACAAGGGCAGUCAGCAUGGUAUGAUGCAGAAUGAUUCUACAGAGGUAACAGACAGCAUUGUGAUUGUUUAAAGCAGUAUACUCUGGUAAUCUACUGAAGUGACAGAGUGUGGAGAUUCUUCUGUGGAGAUUUGAUUUGAAUAUUUAAAACUUGCAACAGGUCAGUCUUCAAAAAACCCACGGACACCCCACUGAUCAUGUUUAAAUGUUUUAUUUUUUUAACGAGAAUUAAAACUACAUCAGCAUUAUCAUGUUGGCUGAAAUAUGCUGUAUUUCUUAAAUUUACAUCUAUGUGUUUGUAAGCCCAGUAAUACAAUCUGAGGUAAAGCUUUUGAAGCUCAGCCAAGUCGCAACAACAUUAUGGCUAAUGCCUUCAUCAGUGUGUGCUGGUGGGACUUGAGGUUUAAACCCCUUUGGAAUUACAUAAUGUUCCUUUCAAAUGGUUAAGAAAGCUGUUGGAGAGAUAUUCUGCUCAUGUUGAGAAGAUCUUAUAUGAACAAUCGUUGUUGUCUUUCAGGCAUUGUAGUCCUUACUGUCUUAGAGAUGUGUAGUUUUGUCCCUAAUUAUCUUGUCAUAAGUAAAGAAAAUAAAUAUAUAUAUAUAUAUAUAUAUAUAUAUAUAUAUAUAUAUAGAUAUAUAUAUAUAUGUAUAUAUAUGUAUAUGUGUGUAUAUAUAUAUAUAUAUAUAUAUAUACAUUGCCUAUAGUAAGUAUUCACCUCCCUUGGACGUUUUCACAGUUUGUUGUGUUACAACCUGAAAUCUUGAUGCAUUUAAAUUUGAUUUUUUUCCCUUUGAUUAACAGAACCUACUCAACACUUUGAAGAGGCAAGAGAAUUUUUACUGUGAAACAUAACAGUUAAUGAAAAAUAAAAAAACUGAAAUGUCUUGGUUAGAUAAGUAUUCACCCCCCUGAGUCAAUACUUGGUAGAACCACCUUGGGCAGCAAUUACAGCUGUGAGUCUUUUGUGGUAAGUCUCUACCAGGUUUACACAUCUGGAUCGUACAAUAUUCGCCCAUUUUUCUUGGCAAAACUGUUCAAGCUCUGUCAAGUUGGAUGGGGAUCGUUGGUGGACAGCAAUCUUCAAGUCUUGCCACAGAUUCUCAUUCAGAUUCAUGUCCAGGCUUUGACUGGGCCACUCUGGCACAUUCACUUUCUUGUUUUUAAGGCACUCCAGGGUUUGCGCCAGACAUAACGCUUUGCAUUUAGGCCAAAUAGUUCAAUUUUUGUCUCAUCGGACCAAAGAAUCUUUUGCCACAUCUUUUCAGAGUCCCACAUACCUUUUUGCAAAUUCCAAGCAGGAUUUUACAUGGGCUUUUUUCAGAAAUGGCUUUCUUCUUGCCACUUUUCCAUACAGGCCAGAUUUGUGGAGUGCCUCAGCUAUUGUUGACACAUGGACAAUUUCUCCCAUCUCAGCCAUGGAACGCUAUUGGUCUUUCAGAGUUGUCAUUGGCCUCUUGGUGGCUUCUCUGACCAAUGCCCUUCAUACCUGGCUGCUCAGUUUGGGAGGACGGCCUGCUCUAAGCAGAUUCUGGGUGGUGCCGUAUACCUUCCACUUCUUAAUGAUCGACUUGACUGUGCUCCAAGGGAUAUUCAAUGCCUUUUAAAUCUUUUUAUACCCCUCCCCUGAUGUGUGCCUUUCCACAACUUUAUCCCGGAGCUGUUUUGAAAGCUCCUUGGUCUUCAUGGUAGUGUCUUUGCUUUGAAUGCACUACCCAACUGUGGGACUUUACAAAGACAGGUGUAUUUAAUCUGAAAUCAUGUGAACGACUUUUAUUGCACACAGAUGGACUCCAUUUAACUUAUUCUGUGAAUUCUGAAGGCAAUUGGUUGCACCUGAGCUUAUUUAGGAGUGUCAUAGCAAAGAGGGUGAUUACUUAUCUAAUGAAGACUUUUCAGGUUUUUUUUUUUAAUUGAUUUGUUUUUUCACCCCCCCAUUUUUCCAUUUUUUAAACCGUAUAAUAACUUAUGAACAAGGUACUAUAUAUAUAUAUAUAUAUAAAAUCACAGUGUACAAAAUUGAAUGCAUGUGAAAGAAAAAGUUUUUAAAAAAUGUACACAAAAGGUUUAAAAGACAAAAAAAAUGUGUGUGUAUCUAUCUAUAUAUAUAUACUAUAGAGAGAGAGAGAGAGAGAGAGAGAGAGAGAGAGCGAGCACAAGAACAUAAAAACUACCAAAAUUCUAAAAAAGGAAGAAACUUGAAUGCUUGCAUUUCAAAACCAUAACUUUUGUUAUUUACAAUAUUCCUGUUUUCAGCUGGCAAUAUAUAUUAUACAUGUGUUUCAAUUAUUGCUUUAUUCCAAUUUUCACUAAUAAUACAAAUGGACAUACUGUACAGUAUACUUCGGAAUAAUUUGUCAUUAUUGAAUUUAAAUAAAGUAACUAUUAAUUGUUUUUGUUUUUAUUAUAUUGUAAACAGAAUAAGCAGGUUUAUAUUUAAUUAAACUGUUUUUUAAUCAAUAAUCAGCAGUGUCUUACUAAUCAUUAUAUCUGGUUAAUCAGUAUGUAUUUGUUCAAUAUUAGCCUACUGUGUAUUUGUAUGUCAUGACAGUAAAACAAAGGAGGCAUGUUUGUAAAGUAGGCAGCCAUUUAAGCACAAUGGGAUAGUUAUAAUUUUGUUGAAUUUGUACAAGUGGGUUAAAAUUAAGAAAGAAGCAUUGCAGUGGAAAUCCAUUUCUUUUCCACUCAGUAUUUUGAAUGCUUUUUUUUGUGUGUUUUUUUUAUUUUUAUAAAUACAUUUUUAACUUCAGUUUGGAAGGUAAGACUGCGUCCCCACAAACAUUACAUCACUAUCAGUGCAUCAUUAAAAAUAUAAAUUGACCUGUCAUUUCCUCCUCUUUUCAUUCAAUUAAUUCACAUCCCUCCACCUCUCCUAAUCACAUCCUUUCUGCAAUUACUCUGUGGUUAAUGGCCAGGCGAUGGACCCUCAAACCAAGUGGGUUUGAGGCCAGAUGUUUCAUUUUGUACUCCAUAAUCAUCAAGCAAAUACAAUUAGGAGAUACAUGCAACCACUAUGAGUUCGCCCUUCACAAAAAUGGCCAAGAAGAGGGGCCUUUUUUGUGAGGGGCAAUUCAGAUUGAAUUCCUCACUUCCAGUCCCUGAGGUCGGAUAUCUUGGUAAGGGCACUGCAGGCUGACUGUUAGGUGGUCUGGCAGUGCCUGAUUAGAGGUUUGGCCAGAGGGGGCAGGGUUUUGAGGGAUGGAUGGAUGGAUCUUAACUUGAACUUCAGUUGUAUUGGGGAUCCCUUGGAGAAAGCAUUACGCAGGGGUGGUUUGAUAAAUACACUGAACUUUUGCUCUGCUUUUGUUUUGACACAGGAUGAGAGACUUUAGUUGCCCGACGUCUCCUGGACGUACUUUUUUUUUUAUUCAAGUUGUUCCAUGCUUCCAGCUCCUCCGGUCCCUCUGAUGUUAGUAAAUAGAAAACAUUAAUAAAGCACUUUUUGAAACUUG